UUUCGGUAGUGGGGUCCGGUUGGUAGCUAGCAAGGCCCGCCAAAUGGUAUGUGCAUCGUCGACACGCGGGCCGGGAAAGGUGCUGGUGGGUGGCGAGUGCAUGGGGGUGAGCCAUAUAAAACAUUAAAUUCGUCCGCACCGGCAGAACACUCGUGUAUGAGACGGCGUCCAUAAAGCAGGCAGACGACGAACACCUCCAAACGAAAGAUCGAAGACCGAUCGAAGUGCUCGCCAAAAAAGUGAAAGUGAUCUCGUUCCGUUUGUUUCCUCUCUUCUUCAAUUCCCAGUGUGAUCAGUUCCCCUCCCCCCGUCUAGUGUUCAUCACUUUUGGUCUAUUUUGUUGGCAGUAACAACACAAAAAUGAGAUUAACGCUUCAGCUGUGCUGCGGAAUACUGCUGCUGUGUGUAGUAUCUGGCCAGCAGUACAAGCAGCAGCAAUCGGCUUCGCCUUCGUCCUCCGCGACGUCUUCGGCGAGCUCCUCCGACACCGUACCUGCUGCGGCCAAUAAUGUUGCGUACCGGGCCCGACCCUACUCGAACCAGUACAGCAGCAGUUCCUCCGAAGAGGAGGAGGAUGAUCGGCCAGUUGCGUCUUACAACAGCGGUCGUCAGCAGCAGCAGCAGCAGCAGGGUAACACGCUGAAGAAGAGCUUCAAGAAGCCGUCCUACUCGAGCGAAGAGUUGGAACAGGAAGAAGAACCGGACCGACUGACGCUGCUGCUCGAAAAGUCUCAGUUCCAGUGUACGGGCCGCACGACCGGCUACUACGCCGACGAGAGCCUCGGCUGCGAGGUGUUCCACUACUGUCAGGAGAACCAGAAGCACUCGUGGAUCUGCCCCGAGGGUUUCACCUUCCACCAGGUGCACCUGAUCUGUAUGCCGCCGUCCGGUGACAACAUCUGCGAACAGUCGUCCAAGUAUCACUUCGUCAACGAUUACCUCUACAAGCCGAUCAACAUGGAGGAGCAUAUGACCAAGCCUAACGUUACACUAAGGUAUUCGGAGCGUUACUACCCGGAGAACUUCUACGUUGACGAGCGUCACUAUGAUGAGGAACGCGUCUUGCGUCAGCACGAGGAACGUCACCAGCCCCAGCAGCCAAUCAAGCAAACCUACCACCACCAGCCACAGCAGCAGACGAUUCGCAAACAGCCGGUCUAUGCCACGACACCCUCGUCCUACCGGUUGCCAUCCUCUCCUCAACCCACCCACAGCGUCUACCGUUCGCCGGAUGAGAUUAACAUCUCUCUGCAGCAGCGACGACCUGCAGCCCAGCCCGGCUCCUACGUCCAGUCCACCACGCCACGCUACGAGGACGAACCCGAGUACGAUAGCUACGAGCGGAAGUAAAUUUCGCCUGGGAACCACCACUUCUAGUGGCCAGUUGAACGUCACUGCCAUGCAUGGAACAGAAGCGGCGUGGAAGCAGCGUGUCCACAUACCCCAUUCCCCCCUCAACCCUUCCUCCCCCUGUCGUCUCCCGCGCAUCAGGGACAAGCAGUACAUUUCGUCCUCUUCAUCAGGAACCCGGCUGCCAGGUGGUUCGGAGUUCGCGUUUAGCGGGUUAGCUGUGUAAGACUACAUUUUUCGUUUUAAACCACCAACUUUUAUCGAUUAUCUUAAGCGUCAAAGAGUCAAAGAGAAGAGAACGGAGAGAGAGAGAGGGAAGGCGACAGCGUAAGGCGUAGUUUUCAAUGUCGGGAGCUUUGCUUCGUUCUACCGUUGUAAGAAGGAGCUCCGUCGUUUCGUCUCUUUUCCAUCGCGAAACCGCGAACCGAGAGUGUUUGUGUUUUUUUUCUUCGUGAUUAAGGAUUGAAAUAAAGUAAAAUAUUUAUUUUUUUUUUCAUUUAUCGAAAA